CCUACAGUCUGUUAAGGCUACACGGGGGGUUUUUGUGUGACUAGCUGACUCAGAAAAGUGCGGUAGGCGAGUUUACCACUUCCUCCCCUCCCCUCCCUCACUCACCCCACACCCUCGUCGUCGCUCACCCAACACCGCUCUUUCGGGUUUCAGAAUGUUCAGAAUGCCCUGCUCUGCAGGACCCGACACGCGCUGAUCUCCGGGGUGUGAGAGAGCCAACAACACUCUCGCACAGAUGAGGGGAUCGCACAGGUGAGGGAUCGCACGCGGGCACAGAGAGAGCGAGAGAAGUGAAACGAGCUCGCCGUUUGCUGAUGACCCUGCAAAGUGUCUAGCCGAGUGGCAGGGGACGCGUAGCUCGAGCAAGGCAACUGCGGUUAACUUCAGUCGCCCGCACGUGUCCACCUCUGGUGGAGUCGUCACCGCACGUGUUCAACUCUGGUGGAGUCGUCACCGCACGUGUCCACCUCUGGUCGAGUCGUCACCGCACGUGUCCACCUCUGGUGGCGUCGUCACCGCACGUGUUCAACUCUGGUGGAGUCGUCACCGCACGUGUUCAACUCUGGUCGAGUCGUCACCGCACGUGUUCAACUCUGGUCGAGUCGUCACCGCACGUGUUCAACUCUGGUGGCGUCGUCACCGCACGUGUCCACCUCUGGUGGAGUCGUCACCGCACGUGUUCACCUCUGGUCGAGUCGUCACCGCACGUGUUCAACUCUGGUCGAGUCGUCACCGCACGUGUCCACCUCUGGUCGAGUCGUCUGGACGCGUACCGCUAUAAUCAAGUUGCCUGCACGUGUGCCACUUCUGCAUCCAAGUCGCUCCAACCGAAGGCUCCGGUUUGGGGCCGUUCGCUCUGCCUGCUAGACGCCUUCCCCACCCCACCCAGUCUGACGGUCUUCACUCCUGCCUCGCUGCUGCUCCUACUGGCCACAGGGUUGAAGCAGGGGUUUGGAGGUGGGUGGGGGGGUCUUAGGUGAGGAGAGGUAUAGGUUUGUGUGUGUGUGUGGGGGGCAUUAUGUCUGGGGGGGCCGUGACGAACGGGAGCGUCAAGGAGCAGCAGAGCACCAAGGUGGUGAUUGUGGGCGAUGGCGGCUGCGGGAAGACCUCCCUGCUCACCGUCUUCACCAAAGGGGAGUUCCCUCUGGAGUACGCGGCCACCGUCUACGAGCAGCACCAGGCCGUAGUGACCAUGGACGGCUUCUCGUUGGCGCUGCAGGUGAUGGACACGGCAGGCCAGGAAGACUACGAUCGCCUUCGGCCCCUCUGCUAUAACGGAGCCAGCGUUGUGCUGCUCUGCUAUGACGUCAUGUGUCCCACCAGCUUCGACAACAUCGUCCAGAAGUGGAACCCAGAGAUGAGACACUUUUGUCCCGGGGUGCCCUCGUUCCUCAUUGGCUGCAAGACGGAUCUACGCAAGGAUCGAGAAAAGGUUCGCAAGCUGCGCAGUGGGGGCCAGGAGCCAAUCACGUACAAGCAGGGGGCCGCCCUGGCCAAGGAAGUGGAGGCGCGCGACUACAUCGAGUGCUCGGCCAAGGACCGCGACAACGUGGAGACCAUCUUCAAGGAGGCGGCCUCCGCGGCCCUCCAGGAGCGGGCGGCGCUGCGCACCGCCUCCAAGAGGCGGCGAUUCAAGGCCUGCACUCUGCUCUGA